GUUCUUGCAGGCUCGGGAGGAACGGCGCGUAGGUUGGUUCGGGCGGCUCUCAGCGUGCCCAGAGAGGUCUCCGAUGAUGUUCCGGUUCUUGUUUAAAGGUCUUGCGUUCUUCUGGCGAAAGGCCGACCUGAAAGAGAUUCAGGCGGCCAAAGGUGGCAAAGAGAUAAAAACAAUGGAAGGCGUCGUGACAAGAUUUUGCCAAGACUAUGGGAUGAUAGAUGAUUUGGUUUGUUUCACCAGUGAUGCUGUGAUGGGGAGUGUGGUACUGCAGGUUGGACAAAGAGUUGUAGCUGUUGUUGAAGAGGAUAAAAAUACUAGUGGAUUAAAGGCAAUCAGGGUAGACGUUGUCUCAGAUAAAUGGGAAGAUGGUGGUAGCAGCAUGCUUCGUUUUGGUGUGGAUUCUGAACCAAAAACGUUGAUUGGCACUGUUACAUCUGUUACUGCUCUUGGUGGCUACAUCAAUCAAACAACAUCCUUCUGCAUGAAGGAGGUUCUUGAAAACUUUGAGCCUUACAGAGGGGAUUGGGUGCAAGCUGAAUAUGUAAUUAACCCAACGACUUGGAGUAGUGAAGCCGUUUCUGUAAAGCCUUUGAGAUAUAAGAGAAUUGACAAGGUUGAGAUUUCCAGUGUUUGUGGAAGAACUGGUGUGGUAGAUGACAGUGUGUUUUUCACUAUGGAUUCAUUGAUACUUCCUGAUGGUUAUAUGCCCCGUAGACAUGAUCUGGUCAAUGUGGUUGUGGUGGAGAGUAAUCAGUCAUGUUAUACUUGGAGAGCGCUUUGCAUGACUCCAUCAGAAAAUAAUAGAGCAUCUUCAGGCAAAGGAGUGAACUUGAAUGAGCCAUAUGAAAACUUACUGAAGGACAAAGGAGGACUCAAGGUGUCAGAAACUACAAACUUUGGAACACUCAAACUAGGAGAGAAGAAAAGCAUGGAAGUCUGGAUUGAGAAUAAAGGACAAAUAGCACACAGUUUAAUUAGCUGCAAAUUAGGUGGCUGGGAAAAGGAGAAACAGUUUUGUCUUCAGAUGCCAAGAGAAGACCCCAAGAAUUCUUCAGCAUCUGUAACAUCAGCCAUUACACCAAAAGAAGAUCUAAAGAAAACUGAAGACCGGGACAAGCCCAGUAUUGAAAGACAUGAAAAACUAAGCAAUGAGAAAGAGAAUAUAGAAGGAAGAACAAUGCCUAGUACAGAGGUCUGUCUGCUUCCUGGUACAAAGACUUGUAUAAUGAUUUUAUGCACAGCAAAAAACCCUGGUCGCUGUCGAGAACUGCUGCUGCUCUGUUUUUCUGACUGCAUUAUUGGGCGCUACAUUGAAGUAACUAUAGUAACUGAGGAAGAGUUGCAAAUAGCAGCUAGCAAGCCUUUUUGCCCGAGAAAACCUCAGAUUACGCCAGAGCUCCAGUACCCAAAGACAGUUGUGGCUUUACCAGAAGAAAAAAGAAAGUCAAGGAGACAGCUACCGAACUUCAUUCCUCAGUAUCCCGUUCCAGACAGAUUAAGGAAAUGCGUGGAAAACAGAUGGGAUAUUUUGAUUUUCGAACCACAUCUUGGAGAGGGCCUCUCUCUAGCUAACUAUGGAGCAUUUUUUUCUACUCUGCUGUGGCUUGAGGAAAUCCACGAAGAGAUGGAAAUGAAGGAUUUUGCCUUGUGUGGAGUCUCCUUGAAAAGGAAUGGAAACUUCCUGGUUCUUGACGUGCCGGGGAUCACAGAGGGUCGCCCUCGCGUGUCUAUAGGUGACAAAGUGAUAUUGAAGACCCAAGAUUACUUGAAGCAAAUAAAUUACAUUGCAUCUGUUGCUGAGAUUCAUGAAGAAGAAGUUACUCUAAGGCUUAACCCAGAAUUUGAACAGGCUUAUAAUGGCGAACCCAUGGAUGUAGAGUUUACAUUUAAUAGAGCUACUACCAGGAGAUGCCAUUUUGCUGUAGAACAAGCCAUCCAUCUACGAGAAAAAGUUUUAUUUCCAGACAGUCUUGCAGUGCAGUCUCUUCAAGUAGUCAAGCAGUGGUGUGGUUCGGAGUGUCCUGGCAGCGCUGAAAGACUGAGCACAACACAAGGAGAUGAGAAUGAGAAGGAGCUAAGCAUUAACCAAAAACGGCUUCCAAAGGAGAACAAGGUGGCUAUUCUUCCUGACAUGGCUACAUUUGGCACAUGGGCAAGGAAUGGCAUGGCAACUUCUCAGCCAAGAAAUGGUGAUGUCUUCAAUCCUUUGCUGAAUGAGCAUCAGAAAUUAGCAGUGAAAAGGAUACUUAGUGGUGAAUGUCGCCCCAUGCCUUAUAUUAUCUUUGGACCACCUGGAACUGGCAAAACCGUAACACUAAUUGAAGCAAUUUUGCAGAUACAUUACAGUCUACCAGACAGCCGAAUCCUAAUUUGUGCCCCGUCAAACAGUGCAACAGAUUUGAUUUGUUUACGACUUCAUGACAGCAACAUGUUAAAGCAUGGCACUAUGGUCAGGGUGAAUGCGUCCAGCAGAAAUGAAGAGUGUCUGAAUGAUGUAAUAAAGCUUUACAGCAAAGAUGGAGAAGACAUCAGGCAAGCAUCUCGGUUCAGGAUAAUUGUUGUUACAUGCAGCAGCGCUGGAAUGUUCUACCAAAUAGGAAUAAGGAUUGGACACUUCACACAUGUAUUUGUGGAUGAAGCAGGCCAGGCAAGUGAGCCCGAAUGUCUGAUUCCAUUGGGGCUGAUUUCUGAAGUCAGCGGGCAGAUUGUACUUGCGGGUGAUCCAAUGCAACUAGGCCCAGUCAUAAAAUCUAAACUAGCUGCAGUUUAUGGAUUAAAUGUUUCCCUGAUGGAAAGACUGAUGUCUCAGCCUCUGUAUUCGAGAGAUGAGGAUGCUUUUGGCGCUUGUGGGUCAUAUAAUCCUCUAUUGGUUACCAAGCUAGUGAAGAAUUACAGAUCUCAUGCUAUAUUGCUUGCAUUGCCAUCUAAGCUCUUUUACCACAAGGAGUUAGAAGUCUGUGCUGAUCCUUCAGUGGUAAACUCUUUGUUGGGGUGGGAGAAGUUGCCAAGGAAAGGUUUUCCACUAAUUUUUCAUGGAAUGAGAGGCAAUGAACUGCGCGAAGGCCACAAUCCCUCUUGGUUCAACCCUGUGGAAGCAGUUCAGAUAGUACGAUAUUGUUGCCUUCUCGCUAAGAGGUUCAGCCACACAGUGUCAGAAACAGACAUUGGAGUAAUUACACCAUAUCGUAAGCAGGCAGAAAAAAUCAGACUUCUGUUGCAUAGCGUAGAACUGACAGACAUCAAAGUUGGAUCUGUAGAGGAGUUUCAAGGGCAGGAAUUCCUAGUGAUCCUCAUAUCAACAGUCCGGUCAAAUGAAAGCUCAUUUAAAGAGGACAGACACUUUUUGGGCUUUCUUACUAAUCCAAAGCGCUUUAAUGUGGCAAUUACCAGAUCCAAGGCACUGCUGAUUAUAGUAGGAAAUCCUCAUGUGCUGACCAAAGAUCCUUGCUUUAAUGCUUUCUUGGACUACAGUUUAUCCAAUGGCGUUUACGUUGGCUGUGACUUGCCACAAGAGCUGCAAAAUCUAAAACAGUGAACGUCUUUCAGCGUUGUUAGAAGUGAGACUGGAUAAGUUAUCAGCGGCUCCUCUUUUCUGCAUUCUUUUAUAAAGCGCACGAUGGAGUAAAAAGAAUACUGGUGUUAUAUUUGAAAACGAAGUGCAUAUUGUUAAGAACUGAACACUUCACAUAAAUGGGUUUUUGUAUAGUCAAUGCAACUAAAAACUGCUAGUGUAAUACUGAUGGGUUCAUACUGAUGGGUGAAAAUAACAAAGCUUUGUGGUCUGAAACUGGAUAUCUGGGGGAAUAUCAGAAUUACUAAUGUAGACAAUAAAUGAUUAAACUAUGAGCACACCUACAAUACGAUUUUCUCUAGUGUAUAACCAUUUAAUUGGCUUGCUCUUAUCAAAAGAGUUCUGUAUGUUGUGCCAUAUUUGCUUGUCAAUUCAUAGAUACGACUAGCACACAUAGUUUUAUAUAUAAGAAUUGUACUGCUCCGUAAAUCUUUCUGGUCAUAUUUUUGCUGCCAAAGGUUUGAGUUAAAAUAUAAAGUUGGCACUACACUGACAAAUUACAGAAUUUCCCCCCCCCCCCAAGUUCAUAAUUGUAUCUUUAUGCUGUAAAAAAAACCACAUUAAAGUUUUCUGCAUGUUGUUA